AGUUAUUUAUUUAUUUUUAUUUGGUUUUAGGUAUUUUCUGCAGCAACUUAGAAUGGGAAAAGAAAAGGUUCACAUCAACAUCGUGGUCAUUGGCCAUGUCGACUCAGGAAAGUCGACCACCACUGGUCAUUUGAUCUACAAGCUUGGAGGUAUUGACAAGCGUGUCAUUGAGAGGUUCGAGAAGGAGGCUGCUGAGAUGAACAAAAGGUCAUUCAAGUAUGCCUGGGUAUUGGACAAGCUCAAGGCUGAGCGUGAGCGUGGUAUUACCAUUGAUAUUGCCUUGUGGAAGUUCGAGACCACCAAGUACUACUGCACUGUCAUUGAUGCCCCAGGACAUCGUGACUUUAUCAAGAACAUGAUUACUGGUACCUCUCAAGCCGACUGUGCUGUCCUCAUUAUUGACUCCACCACCGGAGGUUUUGAGGCUGGUAUUUCCAAGGAUGGGCAGACCCGUGAGCACGCAUUGCUGGCUUUCACUCUUGGUGUGAAGCAGAUGAUUUGCUGCUGCAACAAGAUGGAUGCCACUACCCCCAAGUAUUCUAAGGCUAGGUACGAUGAAAUUGUUAAGGAGGUUUCAUCUUACUUGAAGAAGGUUGGUUACAACCCAGACAAAAUUGCAUUUGUCCCAAUCUCUGGUUUUGAGGGUGACAACAUGAUUGAGAGGUCUACCAACCUUGACUGGUACAAGGGACCAACCCUUCUUGAGGCUCUUGACCAAAUCAAUGAGCCCAAGAGGCCCACAGACAAGCCCCUUCGUCUCCCACUUCAGGAUGUGUACAAGAUAGGCGGUAUUGGAACUGUGCCCGUCGGACGUGUUGAGACUGGUGUUAUCAAGCCUGGUAUGGUUGUGACCUUUGGCCCCACUGGUCUGACUACUGAAGUUAAGUCUGUUGAGAUGCACCAUGAAGCUCUUCUAGAGGCUCUUCCAGGUGACAAUGUUGGAUUCAAUGUUAAGAAUGUUGCUGUCAAGGAUCUUAAGAGAGGUUUUGUUGCCUCCAACUCCAAGGAUGACCCUGCUAAGGAAGCUGCCAACUUCACAUCCCAGGUCAUCAUCAUGAACCACCCUGGUCAGAUUGGAAACGGUUAUGCUCCAGUGCUGGAUUGCCACACCUCUCACAUUGCUGUUAAGUUUGCUGAGCUUGUUACCAAGAUUGACAGGCGUUCUGGUAAGGAGCUUGAGAAGGAGCCCAAGUUUUUGAAGAACGGUGAUGCUGGUAUUAUUAAGAUGAUUCCCACCAAGCCCAUGGUUGUGGAGACUUUCUCUGAGUACCCUCCUCUUGGUCGUUUUGCCGUGAGGGACAUGCGUCAGACCGUUGCUGUCGGAGUCAUCAAGGCUGUUGAGAAGAAGGACCCAUCAGGCGCCAAGGUCACCAAGUCUGCUGUCAAGAAGAAGUGAAGUGUUGUUUAGGAGUUUUUAUAGUUAGGCUAGUUUUGUCUCUGGUCUUUGCCUUUCGAUUUUGUUUUGCUUUAAUAUGCGGACAAUUAUAUGGGUUUGCAUUGCAGUGAGUUGAGCAACAGAUGCCUUUCUGUUUGCUUGGCAAGCUUUUGAUGUGAGCUUUCGUUUUUAAUUAUCGUUUUUUGCUUUAAUAUCAUUGAGAAUGAGUUGUCUAGUUGAUUGUCGAUGAACAACUACAUUUAAAUUUUUAAAUGUUAUUUUUUCUCAGCUUUUGUUUUUUUAA